GGUUCCACAUCGCUAGCACCUCCACAUCGACACUCAUCCACCACUACCACCGCUACCACCACCACAUCACCUAUUGCGAUACUCAGCUUCAUAUCCGUACCAUCAAACUUCGUCUCCCCAAAUGUAUUCCCAGACCGGGGGAGGAGGAUUCCUCAACCCCAAUGCUACUCAACAACAGCAACAGCAGCAGCAGCAAUAUGGCCAACAACCUCAGAGUGGCUUUCCCGGCCAAAUGAACUCUAUGCAGCCCCAGCCCACCGGGUUCAUGGGAUACCAGCAAACGGGCUUCCCCGGACAACAGCCACAGCAGCAGCCAAUGCAAUCGCAGUUCACUGGUUUCCCCGGUGCGCAAGCACCGCAGCAACAGCAACCGCAGCUCCAACAGCAGUUCACAGGCUUCCCGGGCCAGCAGCAGCAGCAACCCUUGCAGCAACAAUACACUGGGUUUCCUGCUACGACUAUUGGCGGGUUCGGCGGUCAGAGCUUACCGCCUAUACCGCAGAUACCGCAGCAGUUCCAGCAACCACAGCAACAGCAAGCCCAGCCCACCCCGCAGCCGCCUGCUCAGACCCCGCAGAUCAAUACCGGUCCAGUGAAGAUACCCAAUGUCCGACUAUCGUUCGUCACGUCGCAAGACCAGUCGCGAUUUGAGCAGUUGUUCAAGGUGGCGGUCGGAACUGAUCAAGCUUUGUCUGGCGAUCGCGCGAGAACCAUCUUGAUGAAAUCAGGUCUUCCUGCGACUGAUCUCCACGCAAUAUGGCAACUGUCGGAUACCACUAAAUCGGGCGCACUCCUGUUCCCCGAAUUCGUACUCGCUAUGUAUCUGUGCAAUGUCAGGAAACAGGGAAAGACACUCCCAGCGACGCUACCAGAAGUCAUUAGGAACGAAGUAUCCGGCAUGGUCGAUAUAAUCUCGUUCGGCGUUCCGGACUCUGCCCCACCAGCACCGCCAAAGACCAAUGUACCGAGCUUUGAUACCACCCCUUCGCGAACCGCUGCAUCUACACCCACCCAGAGCAACACCUCUCUCCUCGGGGGUCUGGCGCCUCAGCCAACCGGGUAUAACAUGGGGGGAAUGCAGCCUCAACCCACAGGCUUCCAGGGCAUGCAGUCGCAACCCACUGGCUUUCCCGGUGGUAACUUCCAGAGUGUUGUAUCACAGCCGACUGGCUUUCAAGGUGGAAUGAUGCCUCAGCCGGCAGGCUACGGGCAGAUGGGUGGAGCUGGGAAUAUUCCCUCGAUGCCGCCAAUGCCGACAGGAAUGUCUUCGAUGUCGUCCUUGUCGGCUGGGUCUAGCUUUCUGCAAUCGCAGCCUACUGGUAUGCCUGGACAGUGGGGAUACAUCAACACGCCGUCCACUGGUCUUCCGGGUCUUGAGGCUUUGCAGCAACAAAUGAUGCCCCAGCCUGGGAGAGAAGGCGGUUUUAAUAUGCAAGGGUUGACCGGAAAUGCCGCCAUUCCGUGGGCUGUCACCAAGGUCGAAAAGCAAAUGUACGACAAGAUUUUUGAUGGCUGGGAUGGUAUGCGUAAGGGUUUUAUUGGGGGUGAUGUAGCUAUCGAAGUUUUCGGACAGAGUGGGUUGCCAAAGGAGGACCUCAUGAGGGUUUGGACACUGGCGGAUCCUGGAAACAAGGGAAAGCUUGAUAAGGAUGAAUUCGCGGUGGCUAUGCAUCUGAUUUACAGGAAGCUCAACGGCCACGAUGUUCCAUCUCGCCUGCCGCCGGAGCUGAUUCCCCCUUCUACCAAGAAGUUCAAUGAAUCCGUCAACACUGUGAAAGGUUUCCUGGCAUCCAGCCGUAAACACUCAGCGCUUCAGCCACAGGCGACUGGCGUUAGCUUCAUGAAGAGUCGCUCAUUCCAUGGCGAUGGAAACACGGGGCUACGUAAGGACGGAACCGUAUACAAGUUCAACGAUGAAGGUUCAGGCUAUAGAUCCAGCGCUCGUCAUCGCGCCCGUGGAGCGUCUCCGUCACCGGGAGGUUCUGCUUCGCCUUCACCCGGUCCGGAAGACAUCUCGCUUGAGCAGCUCCGUAAGAAAGUUAGGGAGAAGAGAAUCUUGCUGGAUGCAAUUGACAUUAAGGAUGAAGCCCGUGCAGAGGAUGAGGAUGUAUUGGAUCGCAGGGACCGCAGGGACGCGGAUGACCUUUACCGCCGCAUUCGACGUGUCCAAGAGGAUAUCGACAGCCAUGCGAAUGCUGGGUUGCGCAGCACCGAUUCGGACGCUGAACGUCGCCAGAUGAAGAGACAACUGCAGAACCUCACUGACAGACUCCCGGAUAUUGCCUCAAAGGUUAGAAACACCGAGAGGCGUAUUGCGGAAGCCAAGCUAGAGCUCUUCCGGCUGAGGGAUGCUAGAGAACACCCUGAAUCGGCUUCUUCGAUUGUUGGCACCGGCCCCGGUGGCUCUAUCACAGAGUCUGAUCGCCUCAAAGCCAAGUCUCGUGCUAUGAUGCAGCAGCGGCUGGCUGCCCUGACUGGCAAGCCUGUUGACCCAGUUGGAAACGAUGAUGGCGGCGAGGCGGCGGCCAAGCGGCUGGCCGACGAGUCCCAGAGAAUCAAUUCCGAAAAGGCUAAUAAUGAGAGGAUGACCCGCGAUGUCGAGGAGAGCGUCAAUGAAUUCCAGAAGUCUCUAGAAGACAGCUUGAAUGAUGUGGGUGGCGGACAUAGGGAUGGUGCCUCCGAACAUGAAAAGAGACGAUGGGAGGAUGGUCUGGGCGUUGAAGACGAGGUCAAGGAUUUCAUCUUUGAGCUACAACGCCAGAGCCGUUCCGCAGCUCUCAAACGUGAGGAUGACCGCGAUCCGCGUCGCCGCAGCGAUCGUACAGAACUCGACCGGCGUCCAGCUUCCACCAAGCCCCAAGGGGACCGUGUCGUUUCUCCUCCUCCCCGAGCAGCCACUGCGGCACCGACCCAAACCGGACCGAGCAGCUAUGGAUCUUUCAACUCGGCAGAGGACCGUGCCGCGCAUGUCAAAGCGCAGGCCCAAGCGAAGAUGGCGGAACGACUUGCUGCCCUUGGCAUCAAGCAUCCCAUGACCAUGAAUCUUGGAGAGACGGCGCAGCAGCGAGCUGAGCGCGAGCAGAGGGAGAAGGAAGAGCGUAUUCGUAAGGCUGAUGAGGAGGAGGCGCAGAGGGAGCGGGCACGUCAAAGCCGACUUCAAGAACAUAUGCCUACACCACCUCCAGCGGCGCCAAUCAAGAAGCCAGCGCCUAAGGCCCCCCCUCCACCCCCCCAGCGUGGGAACAAUGAUUCACGGGCCAAGGCUGAGGCGGAUAAGAAGAGGGCGGAAGAGGAGGAGCAGCUGAGACGUGAGCAGGAGGAGAACUCUGCCGAAAUCCAUGAGCUCGAAAUGCAAGCUAGCAAUGAAGAAGAGGAGCUUGCACGCGAGGAGGCUGCUUCUCAGGCCCGUAUCAAAGUUAUCGAGGAAGAGAUGAGGCAGGGCAAGCUUCGCAAGAAGGAGGAGGCUGCGAAGAAGAAGGCCGCCGUCCAGGCUCAGAAGGAGAAGGAGGCUCAGUUGGCGGAGAGGCGUGCAAAGAUUGAAGCUGCUAGACGGGAGGAGGAGCGGCUGAUGGAAUUGAAGAGGCAACUCGAGGAAGAGGACUCUUCUUCGGACGAUGAAGGACCAGAGGCCGUUGGCGGACAGGCAACUCCCACUCAGGAGUCAAUGGGUGCUGUCGAAAACGUAUCCUCGCCACGUUCCCCUUCACCGCCGCCAGUCUCAGGUAUGCCGGGCAUGCCAGGUGCUAUGCCGCAGAGCCCGCCAGCUGAGGUCCCCAUGGCAUCGCAGCCUCCUCCUGCUCCACCGCUACCUCCCACAUCUGCACCCACUGCCGCCCCUCAAGAGAGCAAGAACCCCUUCUUCAAGAAGGACUUCGGCCAGCCUAUGGGCCUUGCCGGCAGUGAAACUCCCGGUGGUCCAUCCGGCAGCAACAACCCCUUCUUCAACCUUGCUAAGGACCAAGCCCCUGCUGAGCAGAAAUCUCCCGCCGCUGCCGCCCUUCCAAACGUGCACAUCUUCGACCCAAAGAAGCGCGAUGACGACGACUGGAGUGUCGUGGACGAUGACGAUGACUCGGGCAGCGACGACGACGAUGAAAUGCCUAGCCGUAUGAACACCGCCCAACUCGCCGCCUCUCUAUUCGCAACUAUGGCUCCUCCUAGGCCCCUUUCAAGCAUGGAUAGGGAAGCACAACCUUCCCCGCCACCGGCUCCUCCCAUGCCAACCGGCGGUGCCCCCCCAGCUCCCCCAGCUCCCCCGCCACCCCCUCCCAUGCCAGGAAUGGGCGGACCACCGCCACCUCCUCCACCGCCACCUCCUCCUAUGUCAGCUCUGCCCUCAGGUCCUCCACCCGGUGGUCCCCCUUCAUUCUUGGGACAGAUCGGCCAAGGCAUCAAACUCAAGAAGACGCAGACAAAGGACAAGAGCCAGCCGGCCACUGCUGGUAAGGUCUUGUAA